UGCUAUUCACAUACCUCUCAAAUAUUAUCUUUAUAUAAAACAACAAUUAUUAUUAUUACCCCCAUCGCCGCCGUUAAAAAAAAAGAACAACAAUAACAAUAAUAAAUAUACAGACAUAAGUAAUAAUAACAAAAACUGGAUAUUUUAAACAACUAGUUGUCACGUGUGAUCAGUUGUCUAUCCAGAAUACACGCCUUCAAGUUUCUGCGUAAAAAAAAAAUAAUUUCAUCAAAGUGUUGAAUUUAUUCAGACACUACUUACUCAGUCUACUGCUGUAAUAAUUAUUAAACUCUCAGUGUUUACACAUUAUUACGUGCGUCAAUUAUUUAUUCAGCGUUAAAUUAAAUUACACUUGGAUGGAAGAAGAAUACACAUAAUUUCAUUUAAAACAAAUAGUCUCUUAUCUAUAACAAAGGAAAAAAAUUCCAUAAGCAGUGUUGUAAUUUCGUUGAUCUAAUCUUUAAAGAACAAAAAAAAAAGUUAUUAAGUUAACUUACUUAUAAUUAAAUAAAAAUUACCAGUUUAUAUGUGCAACUAUUAAUAAUUAACUUGGUGAUACUGGCAUCUUCAAAAGUGAUACGUGUAUUAAAUAAAUCAUCUAAAUGUUGCAGUGGAUUUAUAUUAAACAUUAGCAUGCAGUUCGCGUAUCUUUACACGUGGAACCGAGAAAUAAUUGUGAAUUCACAAAAAUUAGUAAAAAGACGUUGAUAAUAUCGAUAUUAUUACUGUUAUUACUAAAUCAAGCUGACAAAUUUUCUCGUACCACUGGUCUAUUAUUAUUAUUAUUGUUAUUGUUAAUAUUAUUAUUGUUAAUCUUGUACAACUUAAUUGUGAUAACUAAACUAUUAGACACUAAAUUACUGAUACUACUGCUGCUAUUGCUACUGCUGUUGCAAAAUAAAAUUUUCGAACCAUACUUAGACAUUUUAAAAACAAAAACUACGCAAUUAUGAUGGCUGCUAUGUGUUAUAGUGAGCCCUUGCCUGGUUGGUUCGAAGAUAGAGUGGAGUCAUUGUUUGACGAACUUUCAUCAGAAUGUAUUCAAAGCAAAUCAAUUAUUCAUCCCCAGCCCCAAAUACAGUCAACUCCAUCAUUUCUGCAAGAAUUCGAGACUGUCUUUGGUGGUGUAGAAUCAUGUCAUCAGAUCUACCCAUCCGGAAGCUCAGCUUUGACUCCACCGCAGUCACCACCAAUGAUAAAUACUGACCAAUUGUCUAUUGAUACUCAACAAAUUUUUGUUGGACUAGAACCAACAACUUUGUCUUCACCCAACAUUGAAUUUGUUUAUCCAUCUACUGAUAAUAAUUCAAUUAAUACUACUACUGCUGAUUAUAUUAAUCAGCAACCACUACAACAACAAUUGCAUAUUAUUCAAGAAGAAUCAAUAGACAAAGAUGGCUCAUCAUAUCUUGGUCAAAUAUCUGGUGAAUGGAAUGCUGAAAAUGUAUCAUUAUCACCACUUGCUGGUGAUAUAGCUGGGGAUGUAGCAAGUGAAUUAGCAGCUGUUGAUGAAUAUGUUAGAUCAUGUGCUGAAUCAAUCUCACCAUCAAGUCCAGUCAAUAGCACUGUCAGCAGUUAUUUGUCCUCUGAGGAUUCAGUUGAUGAUCCUGACUGGACUAUUGAUUCAUGCACCAGCAGUAGCAAAGCUAGCAGUAGUAACAGUAAUUAUGGUAAACGUAAUCAAAAAGUAACACGUAAUCGCCGUAAGCCCUAUUCACGUCCGACUGAAGAUAAAAAAGUUCGUAAGAAGGAACAAAAUAAAAAUGCAGCUACGCGUUAUCGUAUGAAGAAAAAGCUUGAAGUUAAAGAAAUUGUAGGUGAGCAACAAGAGCUAGAGGAUACUAAUAACAAACUCAAGGAUCAAGUCAGCGAAUUGAAACGUGAGAUUGGAUACUUGAAAGGGCUUAUGCGCGAUUUAUUUAAGGCUAAGGGUUUAAUCAAUUAAUCCAAUUGUAUAUUAUAUUAUUUUAAUAUUAUAUAUAUCCAUACAUAUAUAUAUUUAUAUAUAUAUAUAUAUAUUUUAAUUUUUAAUUAUAAGACAAUGUCAACUUUUAUUUAUGUCACUGAAUGUCUUCGAAUCGUAUACAAGGUUAUUACGAGGCCAUUGUGGUUAACAUCCAGAGUUUGUUUCGCUGUUUGAUUUUAUGAAUGAUUCAGUACAUUGACAAGAUAUUGACAAUAUAAUAUACUAAAUUUAAAAUUCGGUAAUUUAAUAAUUACAUAUAUGUUGUUAAAUUCUGAAUGCAUGUAAAAUUAGUAUCACGAACUUGACGAAAAGAAAUUAAUUUAAAAAAUUUAUUUUUUCAUUAUAGAUAACUUAAACGUAAUAAGAAUCUUUGGUAUUCUAAGUAGAGUUUACCUACAUUUCCAACCCAUGUAACAAAUAUUGCUACAGGUAUCAGUCGAAGGCAUUAGUCAUCAUACAAAAUGUUCUAACCCCCUAGACUGAUAUAUUCAAACUGUAUUAAUAUUUUUGGGUUGGAUUAUAAUAUAGGUCCGGCAAUGUCCUAGAGAUGAAUUGCUGGACACGGAAGUGGGGUCACACCUGCGUAGCCAAACUGUCAAACAGUCCUCAGUAGAGGCGCUGUUUUUCAGUGAUAGGAAUCUGAUAAAUAUAAAAUUCCAGUAUAUUUAAUAAUAGUAAUAGAUAAAAUUUUAUGCAUUCAGAUAUUUAGAAUUUAGAAAAUUAAUAAUUGUAAUCAACUUGCACGCAUUCGUGUUUUCGUCGUACCUUAAGUGAGAAUGUUGAGACUGUCGUCGAGAAUAAAUAAAUUUUAUCUACCAGGAUUUAAUAUUUAAAUUCGAUUAAAUUAAUAGAAAAAAAAAAAAAGGGAAACAAUCUCUUCGGCUAAACCCACGCAUUGUGUUCGUCAGUAUCAGACGUUUUGAUUACUCAUCGUUGUAGUCACUCGACUCAACACUGAUACUCUUUGCAAUAUAACAAUCCCGCCUCGAUCGCGAGUCUCUUCAUUCCAAAUUAUUGUUUUUUUUAUUAUUUAAAAUACAUUUCAUUUCUCUCUUUUUUUAAUUAUUUUACUGUAUUACAAAACAAUAAAACAAUGAGUUGUCAAGGUAAAA